AUGGCGUCGCUCAUUUCAUCACAUUAUGACGAGGCGGGUUGUCGUCUCACCCCGCAGUUGUCGGCGGAGGAGCCUCAGGAGAGCCGCCCUCUGCUGAGCACGUCCGUCGACGAAUUCCUGUCGGAGGGCGGCGCCGCCCCGCCCUCCGAGGUCUCAGAUCCGGCAGCGUCACAGUCUCCGCUCGACACGUGGGAGGAGCUGAACACGGGCGACGAUGAUGACAGGUCGACUUUUGACACGCCACCUUCAUCACCGCACGCGUCGGCGGAGCUGCUGUGGUGUGCUCCGAUGACGCCGGAAAGCUUGCCUCAAUCCGACGAAGCGGUUGAGCACGACUUGGACUCGGGCUCGCUUAAACCGGUCGGCCGUUUGACGUCAGGCGACCUCGGCCCAGUCGACCCGAUGAAUGCGAGUCAAUCCCUGGAGGAUGAAUUCGUGAAAGCCAAGGCGGCUGUGGAGUCAGACACACAGUUUUGGGACAAGAUGCAGGCUGAGUGGGAGGAGCUUGCUCGCAGAAAGUGGCUGGAGGAGGAAGAGGAGGGUGAGAAGCCAUCUCCGCCCACUAACACACCUGUGAGGAAGGAUUUCCCAUUCAGCAGCGACAAUCCGUUCACGGAGCGCGGCGGCGCCUUUGCCGAAGCUCAGGAGAAAGUGGCAGAGGGCCACCUGAAUGAAGCAGUGCUGCUGCUGGAGGCGGCCAUCUUGCAGGACCCGCAGGACUCAGAGGCUUGGCAGCUCCUGGGGACGACGCAAGCUGAGAACGAGAACGAACGGGCCGCCGUGGCGUCGCUGCAGAGGUGCCUGGAGCUGCGCCCUGACAACCUUCAGGCACUGAUGGCCUUGGCGGUGAGCUGGACCAAUGGUGGUCUGCGACGACACGCCUGUGACGCUCUCUACGGCUGGAUUGCUCACAACCCGCGCUACAAACAGCUCCUUGGACCGGUCGCUGCGGCGCCCCCUGACAACACCAAUGACAGUUUGUUUCUGCAGGAAUUGCUGUUGUUGUUCCAAGAAGCGGCGUCCCUCAACGAGGACCACGUGGAUCCCCAACUGCAGACCGGACUCGGGGUUCUCUUCAACUUAGCGGGUGACUUCCAGGAGGCGGAGCGAGCGUUUAGUGCCGCGCUAUCAGUCACGCCCGAGGACUACCUUCUGUGGAACCGACUUGGUGCUACCCUGGCCAACGGGCGGCGGAGUUCGGAGGCGGUGCUAGCUUACGGCAAAGCGCUGCAGCUACGGCCGGGAUUCGUACGAUGCCGCUAUAACCUGGGAGUCAGCUGCUUGCACCUGGGAGCACACAGGGAGGCCGUGAGCAACUUCCUGAAGGCUCUGAAGCAGCAGCAGAGGCGUGACGGUGGCACCGAAGACGACUGUGUGUCAGCCAGCGUCUGGGCUGCCCUACAGGUGGCGUUGGCUGACAUGGACGCACCCCAGCUGCUCCGCGCCGCCCACGACCGAGAUUUGGACGGGCUGGCGGCUGCCUUCGACGUGGCUGACGCUUGA